AUGCUGGGCCUAGUUGUCAGCGCUAGUCCUGCACCACCGACUAAUAGUGUCACCGAAUGUCAAACACAAGCCUGCAUUGAUGCUGCUAAAGCAGUUAAAGAUUAUAUCGACUUUAAUGCUGACCCCUGUACAGACUUUUACCAAUACGCAUGUGGUGCCUGGUUAAAAAGCACAAGCAUUCCGGAUGACAAGGCGUCUGUUGGAACAUUCGAUACAGUACAAGAUCAGAACACCGAUACGAUCCGAAAUCUCUUAGAAGGCACUUACGGCGACAUCAUCAAGGACACCGAUUGCAGUGAAGAAAACUUUCAUUACCAAAGUCAGUCGGACAUUGACAAACAAAAUUUCGAAGAGCUGCAGAAUUACUACACAUCGUGCAUGGAUGUGGCAACCAUUGAGGCACUUGGUCCGACGCCCGUCUAUCCAACCAUCUCCAAACUGCUCAAAAUUUUCUCGUUUGGAAAGGAGAAUACUCAAGGACAGCAGCAGCAGCAACAACAACAACAAAAUGAUGACGUAUAUACCGCCCAAUCCGCAGAUAUGCUUACCGACGCAUUGAUUGAAUUGUAUCGCCAAGGGGUCCAGCCAAUGUUUUCUAUGGUUAUUGGAGCCGACGAUAAACAACCAGACGCAAACGCUGUACAAAUCAACCAGCCUGGUCUUGCAUUACCGUCGAAAGAAUAUUACGAGCAAAAAGACACAGUGGACACUUACCGCUCCGGCCUUAUUGAAGUGCUUACUAUCUUAAUCGGCAGCGCUGAUGAUGUCAACAACAGCAAUAUGGGUGCUCAAAAGCAAAAGGAAGCACAAAACGCAAACAUUCAACUACUUUCGAGCGAACAAAUAAAAGAUAUGGUGAACCGCGUGGUUGAUUUUGAAUCAAAGCUAGCUUCCAUCACUCUUGACAGAGACCAACUCUUGGAUCCAACCAAGCUAUACAAUCCAAUGCCGUUGAAUGAAAUACAACAAAGAUAUCCCGUCAUCAACUGGAAAAAGUUCUUUGAGGCAUUUCUUCCCACGGGAACCCCUGUGCCAGACACACUGAUUGUCAGCGCCCCACCUUACUUUACAAAUUUGGCGUCCUGGCUUCUCCCUUCACUGUCAUCACCUUCCACUGAUAUGCAACAGCAGCAACAGCAAGGCGUCAGACUGCAGACCAUUCAAGACUUUCUCCUCGUCAAAAACCUGAAAGCGUGGAUCUAUGCACUAGACACAAACACACGACGGUCUUGGCGACGCACUUCAGCCAAAAUUUCCAGCGGAUCUUUUGAACUACCGCCUCGCUAUCGCACCUGCGUCGACAACGUGAUAGGUUCGUUUGGCUCGAUGGUUGGUCGGUUCUUUGUUAUGCGUCGCUUUGGCGGUGAGGAAGAACGCGAGCAAGUAGACGACUUUAUCAGCCAAGUGCACCAGGCAUGGUUAGAUCGGUUGGAUAAAGUGGAAUGGCUCGAUCCAGAGACUCGCAAAGCAGCUAUUGAUAAAGUCAGCAAAAUCAAGCAUAAAAUUGCCUACAGUAUCGUUUCACCCGACGUGCGUUCUCCCGAAUCCUUACGUGAUCACUACGAGUCGAUCAAAAUCACAAGAGAAUCGUUUUUCUCCAAUGAGUUGUCUAUUGUUGAAUGGGCUAUCAAUCGAGCUUGGUCAAAAGUUGGCAAACCAGUAGACAAAGAAGAGUGGUUUAUGAGCCCAUCUGAUGUCAAUGCUUACUAUAGUCGAAGCACUAACGAGAUUGCUGUGCCUGCUGGUAUUUUGCAAGUUCCGUUUUACAAUUAUGGCGCACCCUGGUAUCUAAACUAUGGCAGUAUCGGCGCCAUCAUUGGCCAUGAGUUGACUCAUGCAUUUGACAGUGCAGGAAGGAUGUACGAUGGUGACGGAAAACUUAAAGAUUGGUGGAGUCCUGAUACGGCAAAACGUUUUCAAGACAAAUCACAGUGUUUCGUGCAACAGUACAAUGGAUUUACCGUCGAAGGUCCGAAUAAAAAAUCCGUCAACGUAAACGGCCAACUCACGCUCGCCGAAAAUCUUGCUGAUAAUGGCGGGAUUGCAGCUUCGUAUCAGGCUUUCCAAAAGGUUUGGAAUGAUGCUCAGUCACCAGGUCAACCUCAGCAUGCAAGACUGCCGGGUAUUGAUCUAUCACCAGAAGCAUUAUUUUACACAAGCUAUGCUAGGUCAUGGUGCAGUGCUGUGAGGCCGGAAGCGCUAGUACAACAGGUUUAUACGGAUGUACAUUCGCCUGAACGCUAUCGUGUUAUCGGCACAGUCCAGAAUUCAGCAGACUUUGCCAAGGUCUUCCAAUGUCCUCAGUCUACUCCCAUGAAUCCUGAAAACAAAUGUGUUAUCUGGUAG